ACAUCUUUUCAGUUAGCCACCUCCCACUUCCGCCUCUCGGAGCGUGGAUUUUAGCGGAGCGGGAUUGCGACUGUUUAGAAUUUAAAAGCGAAUGGUGGGAUCGGUGAAUGAGUCCAUUUAAAGUGAGCAGAGGUGUCUGAUUUAACGCCAGGAAGGAAUGUCGAGCUCUUAAGGCUUACUCUGUGGCGGUUUUCUAUUUUGAGCGCCGCAGUAAGGCUUUAAAUGGUUUAUUUAAUUGUGUUGUCACACACACAAUGCAGUGAGCAGCAGAUUGUGUCGAGCAGGCGAGGCUCUUGUCCCUGACGAUUUCCAGAUGGAUGUCGCCUAUGUUUGCGAGUGGGAGAGGAGGCCCAAAAGUAACCACUGCCCCUCCAUCCCUUUGAUCUGCUCGUGGUCCUGCCGGAACCUUAUUGCUUUUACCACUGACCUCAAGAAUGAAGACGAGAAAGAUCUCACUUACAUGAUCCACAUCAUCGACACCGAACACCCCUGGGAUGUUUACUCCAUCAACUCCGGACACACUGAAGUUAUUUCAUGCCUGGAGUGGGAUCAGUCCGGUUCACGGCUGCUCUCUGCGGACGCAGAUGGACAAAUCAAGUGCUGGGUCAUGAUGGAGCACCUGGUCAACAGCUGGGAAAGCACCUUGGGGAGUGCGGUGGAGGGGGACCCCAUAGUAGCGCUCUCUUGGCUUCACAAUGGAGUCAAACUGGCUCUGCAUGUGGAGAAGUCUGGCUCCAGCAAUUUUGGAGAGAAGUUUUCUCGAGUGAAGUUUUCCCCGUCCCUGACUCUGUUUGGUGGGAAGCCCAUGGAAGGCUGGAUGGCGGUGACUGUAAGCGGCCUGGUGACGGUGUCUCUUCUGAAGCCGAAUGGAACGCUGCUGACGGCUUGCGAGAGCCUGUGUCGUUUGAGAGGCCGCGUGGCUCUGGCCGACAUCGCCUUCACCGGGGGCGGAAACAUUGUGGUGGCCGCCACAGACGGCAGUAGCUCCUCGCCGGUGCAGUUCUAUAAGGUGUGUGUCAGUGUGGUGAAUGAGAAGUGCCGCAUUGACACCGAGCUGCUGCCGUCGCUCUUCAUGAGAUGCACCACCGACCCUGCGAGGAAGGACAAGUACCCUGCGGUCACCCACCUCAAGUUCCUCACCCGGGAGAACUCCGAGCAGGUGCUGCUCUGUGCAUCCAGUCAAGUUGGAAGCAUUGUGGAGUGCUGGUCACUGCGGAAAGAGGGUCUUCCAGUGAACAACAUCUUCCAGCAUCGCUCUCCUGUGGUGGGUGAGAAGCAGCCUAUGAUCCUCAAGUGGCGAAUCCUGUCGGCUACCAAUGACUUGGAGCGGGUGUCUGCCGUGGCAUUGCCCAAGCUGCCCAUCUCCAUCUCCAACACUGACUUGAAGGUGGCCAGUGAUACCAAAUUCUGCCCUGGUCUUGGCUUGGCUCUGGCCUUUCAUGACGGCAGCAUUCAGAUCGUUCACCGCCUCUCGCUCCAGGUGAUGGGCAUGUUGACAUCGCCUGCCUCUCAGCGUGACGAACCGGCAAUCAAAAGGUCACGGGCCACUGGUGUGUUGGUCCAUUUUAAGGCCCUUCAGCUGUCAUGGACAUCACUGGCUCUCAUUGGCAUAGACAACCACGGCAAGUUGCACAUGCUGAGGGUGUCCCCAUCUAUGGGCCACACGCUGGAUAUGAACACGUCGCUACGCCACCUUCUUUUUCUACUCGAGUACUGCAUGGUAACUGGUUAUGACUGGUGGGACAUCUUGUUGCACGUCCAGCCAAACAUGGUCCACAAUCUUGUGGAUAAACUGCACGAGGAGUACAUGCGGCAAAACCAGGCCCUUCAGCAGGUCUUAUCAACUAGGAUUGUAGCCAUGAAGGCAUCGCUGUGCAAACUGUCCAACGCCACCAUGGCCAGAGCCUGCGAUUAUCACGCCAAGCUGCUGCUCAUUGCCAUCAGUUCGACGCUCAAGUCCCUGCUGAGGCCACACCUGCUCAACACGCCCGACAAGAGUCCCGGGGAAAGGCUGUCGGAGAUCUGCGCUAAAAACACGGACACAGAUAUCGACAAGGUGAUGAUCAGCCUGAAGACAGACGAAUUUGUCUUAGAUGCUUCCACGCUGCAGUCCCUUCAGCAGCUCAUCCAGUGGGUUGGAGACUUCGUGCUUUACCUUCUGGCCAGCCUGCCAAACCAGGGUUCUCCAGUGCGCGCAGGGUUUGGGUUCCUGCGCGACGGUCCCUCUCUUGGAAUGCUGCGUGAGAUGAUGGUGGUGAUUCGUAUCUGGGGUUUGCUCAAGCCUGGCUGCCUGCCUGUGUACACGGCCACGUCUGACAACCAGGACAGCAUGUCGCUGCUCUUCCGCCUGCUCACCAAGCUCUGGCUCUGCUCGCGUGACGAGACCCAUCCCACGGAGCCCGACGACACCCUCAUUGACGAGUGCUGCCUCCUUCCCAGCCAGCUGCUGAUCCCCAACAUGGACUGGCUGCCCAUUAAUGAUGGAGUCAUCAGCAAACUUCAGAACAAACAGCCCCUUCGCCUGCAGUUUGGCAAACCUUACAGCCUCCCGGGACUGAACUCGAGCUCACAAGUCGAGGUCUUCUCAAGGAGUCCUGGAUCUCAAAAGAUGGACAACCUACGCUGCCUGCACAUGGGCAUCUGUCCUACCGAGGAUAGCAAGGCCUGCACCAGGUGUGGCUGUGUCACCAUGCUGCGAUCUCCCAACAAGACCAACGCUGUGAAGCAAUGGGAGCAACGCUGGAUCAAAAACUGCCUGUGUGGGGGGCUGUGGCGGAGAAUUCCGACUCCACUGUCCUGAGAUGUGUCCGCUCCCCUCAUGUCGUCUUGUCACCCUGGGCCAUCAGAGACGAGAGGUGACAAUUUUUUGAAUUUCCUGCUACUUCAGACUUUGAGAUCUCGUCGUGUUUAAGUAUUUCUGAACAUUUCUCACUGUUUCUAAUCAUUUAAUAGACGCCCUGCUGUUUUUUGUAUCUUGAGGACCCCAUUAAAGUCCAA